ACGUUGUGGAAGAGGCAUCAACAAAUUGCUAAUAUAUAUUGGGCCGAGCUAAUAAACUAAUGCUAGCCCAAUAGUGAAGAUCCAGCCCAAAGCGUAUCUCGAAACCCUAAUAUAAAAUCGAUUUUGGUUCCUCAGUCUUCUUCUUGUUCUUGUCAAACACUUUGUCGGCGGAAACUACAGGAACAAGAGGCUCUUCCGUAUCCUUUACUUGCCCUAAACCAUGUCGAGGAGAAAGACAAGAGAGCCCAAGGAGGAGACAGUGACUCUUGGACCAGCUGUUCGUGAUGGAGAGCAAGUCUUCGGUGUUGUCCACAUCUUCGCUUCUUUCAACGACACUUUCAUCCACGUUACUGAUUUGUCUGGACGUGAAACCCUUGUCCGUAUCACCGGUGGAAUGAAGGUGAAAGCUGACAGGGAUGAGUCGUCUCCAUACGCAGCUAUGCUUGCUGCGCAAGACGUUGCUCAGAGAUGCAAGGAGCUUGGAAUCACAGCUAUGCACGUGAAGCUCCGUGCAACUGGUGGAAACAAGACCAAGACACCUGGUCCUGGUGCUCAGUCUGCUCUCAGAGCUCUUGCCCGUUCCGGCAUGAAAAUUGGCCGUAUUGAGGAUGUUACUCCAAUCCCAACUGACAGUACCCGCCGAAAGGGUGGUAGAAGAGGAAGGAGGCUCUGAGUUUUUGGCUUGUUUCUUUUUUGUCUGAACAAUGUUUUCUUGAGUUUUAGCUUGUUUCAUUUUGUCAGAACAAUGCUUUUGAACCACAUUUUUCUACAAUGAUUAAUCUAUGACUUUUGGAAAUUACUUAA